UAACCCUUUGAUUCUUCUUAAUUCUUCUGCCUCGACUCUCCUUUCUUCUUCUUCUUUGAUUGUGAUGGCUGGAAAGAGGAAGCGAAACCUCGUCAGACCUAACAGUUCCUUAAGGAGAACGCCGACGAAUCUUCCCACUCGGUAUGAUUUCAUACCGAGACCUUCGACGGAUCCUCCGAGAGCUUCGACGGAAGCAGUCCCUCCGCUUCCUCUUCGCAACAACAAUCAGCCGCCGUCGUUUAGAGCCUACCCACCUCCGAUGGGUCUGUUCGGGAACUCCGCCUCAGUUUCUCUGGCGUUUCCUGCGGGUGGUCCUGAUUCCCCGGCAGCUUCUGCAAACCGAGAUGCUCCAACAGUCCCACUCUCCGGCAAAUCUCCUCCACCUCAACACAGACCUUAUGUGUCUCUGAAUCGAGGUACUCCAACUCCAACGCGGAAAUCUCUGGAUUUCAUAACUCGAUCGAGUCCACAACUUCAGCCUCCACAACGACCAACUCAAUCUCCUCAUAGUUCCCAAGCACAAAAUUCACACACUACAAUAGAAGAAGAAGAAAAAGAAGAAGAAGAAGAAGAAGAAGAAGAAGAAGAAGAAGAAGAUAUUUCGGAUCUUGGAGCUCCCCCUGAACCAAAUCUCUCCGAAGACCAAAUGGAGGCUCUUAAUUCGCUGCUACUUGCACCACGGCCGAAGGGAAUCACUUUCCUUGAUCCCGACCUCAUUGUGCCGGAUUCAACUUGGUUUGGUUUUGACAAAUCUUCACUCUCCCGCCAGAUUACUAAGUGCUUCACCAACAAGUUUGAUGGCCCAUACUAUAGUUGGUCCUGUGUGCCUAGAGGAGCACUGUUUGGUAUUGGAAGCCUCAAGAGUAUGCUAAAGGGAAAGGCACACAACACAGUAACCUCAGCUUCAUUCCGGCAGAUGCACAACAGCUUGAAAAUGCUGAACAGAAGCUGAAGGACCAAGCUUGAAAACCGACGACAGGUUCCUUGCUUUCCUUGCCACAGAAAUUGCUUCUGAUCAUCCACCUACUGAACCUGUUUAGGUUUAUAACUCUCUUGCUUUUAUAAGACUUUAAACUUAUGUUGUGUUUUUUUUUGGAAAGAUUAAACUUAUGUUGUGUUUAAACUCAUGUUUGUAUGCACUUGAAUUUUUA